AGAUGAUCCCCGACAAGCGUUCGGCCAAUGGUAUUCAUACCGUCAAAUGGGCGGAACCUAUCCCGCUACAGUAGAGAUAAGUAUCCAGAGCAUAGCGCCAUAUGCGGAUCCGGUUACCAGCGCACCGGGAUAUCUGCAAUGGUGGCAGAUCAGACGUCUCCAGAAUUCAACCGACCCAUCCAGUUUAUCAUUUUGCCCAACCCAGCACUGGACAGGAUCUUAUACUUCCAGUGGACAACAAAUCGGAGACCUUGGCGGACCCAAUGACAACUACAUUAUGCGUCCAACGGAUUUCGUGGUUCUGUACCACGAUUACCAAAAUCUUAUGGUCAGCUACGGCUGCAGUAAGCCACGGGCGGACGGUGUCCAUUGCGCGGCACCCACCAUUAUCGCGCAAACUCGGACGCGACCAGACCGGCUGUCGGCAGAGCAAAUGGACAGUUUUGACAACAUCAUUAACUCCAUAUUUUCCAAAUACUGCAUUACAGUACAGAGUAUACCCAGGGAUGAGUGGGAGCCAAAGGGCCUGUGCAUACCGGUAGAGCCACCGGGCUGCAUUGGCGAGGAUUAUCGAGGCAUGAGGAACACCAUUGUGAACACCACAAGUUCAUCGUCAACAGCAACCAUUGCGGCAUCGAGCUAUGGAAGCAGUAACACCACGUCAUCGAUUUGCAAAUGGCCAAAUACAAUGCCCUCCCCAGGAGUAAUCAAUAACACCCUGAUUAGUGGAACUUACUACGUGUACCGACGAAUGUUCGCCCCCGAACCAGACCCGGUGAACAUGGUAGCUGAAUUCCACAAUAUUGGGCCAUCUGCUUCUCCUCUGAUUAGCGCUUCGGCGGCCAGCAGAAUGCGCAGGCCGGUGUCUGCGAUGCACCGGUGGUGGUGCACUGCAUUCGCGCCAAUCCACUACAGCUGACGUCGGCUGAUCGUGCAGCGUUUGACGCCGUGGAAAAUGGAUUCUUCAAUAAAUUCGGAUGCAGUGCCAAUGAUGUCUCGCUGUAUUUUCGUACCGCUGAUAAACUAAUAUGUCCCAUGGGGCCGCCUACAAACUGUAUGCAGAACCAUAUCACCGGAUAUCAACAAGUGUUGGAUGCCUUGAAUGUGGGAACCGGCUCUGGAGCCUUGGCCGGAUCCGACGGAACUAACUGAGACAUACCGCAGCUCUUUUUCUAGCGAAU